AAUUUGGCCUUAGCGGAUCUCGACACUGAAACCGUGGCGUCACUCGCCUCUCAUCUCUCGUGCAGUGCGUGUUGCAGAGUUAACUUUGAUUUUAUUUCAAAUUGUAAUCCAAUAAAAAAUCUCAAUUUAAAUCAUCUCUCUCCCAAUUUGCCAACAAAAGAAAUCAAAAUGUGUGACGAAGAAGUUGCUGCGCUCGUUGUUGACAAUGGAUCCGGAAUGUGCAAGGCCGGUUUCGCCGGAGAUGAUGCUCCACGUGCCGUAUUCCCAUCCAUUGUGGGUCGCCCAAGGCAUCAGGGUGUGAUGGUCGGUAUGGGCCAGAAGGAUUCCUACGUGGGUGAUGAGGCUCAGAGCAAACGAGGUAUUCUGACCCUGAAGUACCCAAUUGAGCACGGUAUUGUCACAAACUGGGAUGAUAUGGAGAAAAUCUGGCACCACACGUUCUACAAUGAGCUCCGUGUGGCUCCGGAGGAGCACCCAGUGCUACUCACGGAGGCCCCCCUCAAUCCAAAGGCCAACAGAGAGAAGAUGACUCAAAUUAUGUUCGAGACCUUCAACACACCAGCAAUGUAUGUGGCCAUCCAGGCUGUGCUGUCACUGUACGCCUCCGGUCGUACCACGGGUAUUGUCCUGGACAGUGGUGAUGGUGUCUCCCACACCGUACCAAUCUAUGAGGGUUAUGCCCUCCCCCACGCCAUCCUUCGUCUCGAUCUGGCUGGACGUGAUUUGACUGAUUACCUUAUGAAGAUCCUCACGGAGCGUGGGUAUUCCUUCACCACCACAGCCGAACGUGAAAUUGUGCGUGACAUCAAGGAGAAGCUCUGCUAUGUUGCUCUUGACUUUGAGCAGGAAAUGGCCACAGCUGCAUCAUCGUCAUCCCUUGAGAAGAGCUACGAGCUACCCGAUGGACAGGUCAUCACCAUUGGCAAUGAGCGAUUCCGUUGCCCAGAGGCUCUCUUCCAACCAUCAUUCCUGGGUAUGGAGGCAUGCGGUAUCCAUGAGACAACCUACAAUUCCAUCAUGAAAUGCGAUGUGGACAUCAGGAAGGAUCUCUAUGCCAACACCGUUCUCUCUGGUGGUACCACAAUGUACCCAGGAAUUGCUGAUCGUAUGCAGAAGGAGAUCACAGCCCUUGCCCCAUCCACCAUGAAGAUUAAGAUUAUUGCACCACCAGAGCGUAAAUAUUCCGUCUGGAUUGGUGGCUCCAUCCUGGCAUCACUUUCCACAUUCCAGCAAAUGUGGAUCUCCAAGCAGGAGUACGAUGAGUCCGGACCAUCCAUUGUCCACAGGAAGUGCUUCUAAAUUCACGUGUGCGCCCCUUCCACAAAAAUUCACAACAUCCACACACCCACACACACAAUAUCAUCUCUUUAAAUUUUAUUUUGCAUAAAAAAAGAGGAGAUUUCCAUUUGAAAAUGAAAUGAUAAAAAAAAAUGAAUGAAAAAAAUCCAAGUUUAUUCACGCAUUGAUAUAAAGAAGAAGAAAACAAUUCCAAACAAUAAGAAAGAAAAAAAUAAUUAAACCGCGAGAAAUGUUUGGGUCAAAGUAUUAAGAAAUAAAUUAUAUAAAAUAUGCUGAAAAAUUAGGAAAGAAAAAAAGGCAAAAAGAUAAAGAAGAAUUAUCCAAUUAUCCUUUUUUUUUUUAGCCCUUCGGUGGUCCAUUUGUUUAUUAAUUAUUAUUACACAUUUUAUAUAUUUUUUUGUCUUUAAAGUACUAAUUUUUUUUGAAUUUGUGAAUGAAGAAAAAAAUUAGUUUAUGUUAUUCCCCCCUUUCUCAUGAACUUUUUUUUUUAAAUAAGAAUUAUAAACUUUUUUCUCUGCCAAGUUUGAUAAAAAAAAAGAAUGAAUAAAAGACACCGAUCAUUCCUUCUCUCUUAAGAAAAAACAAGAAGUAAAAAAGAAAAAAAAAACAUUGCCGAUCAAAAUGUAAUGUAAGAAUUAUUUAUUUUUAUUAAAAAAUGAGUAAAAAACAAGCGUAUGAAUUGAAUGCAUUUUUAUCUGAUUUUUUUUUUGCAAAAUUUCAUUUUUUGUGAAAAAAAAAUGUUCAUUUUGGUCAGCAAGAGUUCCUUAUGAUUGGAUUUUUUUAAAUGAGAAUUUGGCAAAGGAAGAAAAUCCUUUUAAGAGAUAUUUGCGAUAAAAUGUAUUUAUUUCUCCUUUAAAAAAAUUAAAGAAAGAAUAGACUUUCAAUUUACUACCUAUUUAAAAAAUUCUUCUUUUAUUAUAUAUUUAGAAGAACAAAAAAGAAAGUUUAAGAGACAAUCGCUUCCAUCAUUUAGGGUCUCAUCACAAUAAUAAUUUCUUUCCACGCGCAAAAAGACUUAAAUUUUAGUUUGUUUUUCUCUUUUCUUAAUUACAAUUUAAAAUAAUUAAUAAUUAAGCUGAGAAUGUGUUCGUUUUUUUUUACAUAAUUAAAAGAAAUUGCAUUUCCAUUCGCGCAGUAUUUGUCUUUAAAGAAGAAAGAAAAAGGAACACAACAUACUGAAAAAAAUCCCUCAAAAUAGAAUGAUUAAUAAAUGAAAACUUAUUAAGGUGACAUAGCAUUUAAUCAAGCGGAUAAUGAUGAAAAUAUUCUCAAUAAAAAAAAACUUAUUGCCUGGAAUUUUCCCACGUGAGAGCAAUAAAGGAAAAUGAAGAAAAAAAACUACAAUUUCCAUUCCAUUUUAUAUUUAGUGGAUCGCCACGCAAAUUUUCAUUUUGAUUUGUAAAAAAUAAAGAAUUCAUAACAUAAAA